CUUAGUUAUAAAUUUACCAUUAUAUGACCAUAAUAACAAAGAUAAGAAAAAUUGAGACUCUGCAUCAGUAAUAGCAAACACUUCAGUGUUUUUUGCAAACUUAAAGUGUCUCAAUAUAGGCAACAUAAACAUAAGAUUCCAAUGGAAUUACACACACAGGUGAAGACAUACAUAUGUGAGGUGUGUGGAGCUAAUUUCACCAGGAACUCCAGUUUAACGCGUCACAUGAUCAUACAUACAGGAGAGAGGCCAUUCAAGUGUGAGAUCUGUGGUGCUGAUUUUAAUCAGAAAAACACUUUACAAUUGCAUAUUAGAGCGCAUAGUGGAGUGAAGCCAUUCAAGUGUGAGAUAUGUGAUGCUGUUUUCGCUCAGAAAUGUUCUCUAUAUGCACAUACAAGAAUACACACAGGCGAGAAACCUUAUAGGUGUGAGCUGUGUGAUGCUGCAUUUUUGAAGAAAAGCGAUUUAGGGAAACAUUUAAGAAUACACUCAGGAGAGAAGCCAUACGGAUGUGAUAUGUGUGAUGCUGUUUUCUCGAUGAAAUCUCAUUUAAAAAUACAUGUUAUAAAACACACAGGCGUGAAGCCAUACAGAUGUGAGAUAUGUGGUGCUGAAUUUACUCAGAAAUACUCGGUUCAAAAACACAUGAGAAUACAUACAGGAGAGAAGCCAUUCAAGUGUGAGCUCUGUGAUGCUGUUUUCACUGAGAAAUCAACUUUACGUUCACAUAUAAGGGUACACACAGGCGAAAAGCCGUACAGGUGUGAGAUAUGUGAUGCUGCUUUUCGACAGAGCAGUAUUUUGCAGAAACAUAUCAGAAUACACACAGGAGAGAAGCCAUACAAAUGUGACGUUUGUGAAGCUGUUUUCUCAAUGAAACAUCAUUUACAAACACAUUCAAUUAAACACACAGGCGUGAGUCCAUAUAAGUGUGAACUAUGCGAUGCUAAUUUUACUAAAAAAAGUUCUUUAAAUGCGCAUAUAAGAGCACACACAGGAGAGAAGCCAUUCAUGUGUGAGAUAUGUACUGCUGUAUUCUCUCAAAAACAGUCUUUACAUGCACAUCUAAGAAUACACACAGGCGAAAAACCGUAUACGUGUGAGAUAUGUGAUACUGCCUUUCGUCAGAAAAGUAUUUUACAGAAACAUUUAAGAGUGCAUACAGGAGAGAAGCCAUUUAAAUGUGAUAUAUGUGAUGCUGUUUUCUCAAUGAAAUAUCAUUUAAAAUCACAUACAAGAAAACACACAGGCGAGAAGCCAUUUAAGUGUGAGUUAUGUGAAGCUGCUUUCUCCCAGAAAGGUGAAUUAAAAAAUCAUAUAAGAGUACACACGGGAGAGAAGCCAUACAAAUGUCUGAUAUGUAAAACUGGUUUCUCUCUGAAAAGAAACUUAAAAGCACAUAUAAGAAUACAUACAGGAGAAAAGCCAUACAAAUGUGAGACAUGUGAUGCUGCUUUCUCUCGGAAAAGAAAACUACAGACACAUCUAAAAAUACACACAGCAGAUGAGCCGUAUGAAAGUGAAACAUGUGCAUGAUGCUGCUUUCUCUCAUAAAGGUGAUUUACAAAACACAUAAGGCACCAUGCAGUCGAGGAGCCUGUCAGGUAUAGGACAUGUGAUGCUGCUUUUACUCGGUAAUACAGAUCACAGAAACAAGAAGUAUGCACUCCAGUAGAGAAACUAUUCAAUUGUGGUACAUGUGAUGCUGUGUUUCCUCGGAAAUAUUGUUUUUAGAAAUAUAACUGUACACACAGGAGAGAAGUACUAGUAAUUCAAUUGUAAGAUAUUUGCUGCUGCUUUUUGCAGAAGGGUUAUUUUAAGACACUUAUAAGAAAGUGUCAGACAUAUAUGACAUAUUUCUCCAAUGAAUGUUGUUUGUAGAAAAUACACAGGGGAGAGACUUAUACCUCAGGAAAUAUUGAUUUUAGAAACAACUGUACACACAGGAGAGAAGUAAUACAAUUGUAAGAUAUGUGAUGCCGUUUCUCACAGAAAGGUAAUUUAAAGACACUUAUAAGAAAGUGGGAGACAUAUGACAUAUUUCUCCAAUGAAUGUUAAACACACAGGAGAGAGACUUAUACUUAUUUGAGAUAUACAAUGCUGCUCUCUUAAAUAAUAAUUUACAGACAGAUAUAAAAAUACACACAUAGGAGGCGUUCCAUGCAGUGUAAAACUACAGGCUGCUGUCUCUGAUUUGUAGUCCCAUAUGAUAAUACACACAGGCGAGAAGCAAUACAAUUGUUAUACAUGCGAUGCUUCAUUAUCUUGGUAGAGUAAAUUAUAGACACAUAUGUAUUUCUAGGUACACUCCAACUAGAAAGUGUCUGAAUAAUCAAAUUGAAUAUAUAUCUUAUAUUUGUCUGUGAAAAACUGUCUUAGAAUAAACAAUUAUUUACAA